AGGUUUUAAUUCAUUGUAAUUUGCUGCCUUGUGUUUAAUUUAAGUAGCAUAACUCAAUUUUGAAGCAGAACAGUUGGACUGACAUGGGACUGUCAAGCCCCAAUGUUCGACGAAUAUGGCGAGAUUAGACGGACCGCAGCUGGAUGAACUAUUUAUACGUGGGCGUAAAUUCCCCAAAGUUGACGUCUGUUUUAGUGACCGGGGCCGUCCGCCGGGUCACGCACGGUGCAGACGCUCCCUCGUCUCGGCGGCGUUAACCUUUCUUUUUUUCUUUUCCGACGUAUCCAGGCCGAGAUUCUGUCGAGUUUCAAGUUUUUGUUGUUGACUUCACACUUUGACAACAGUUGUCAUUUAUCGGGAGGCCGAGAGUUGGCUCGUUUUUCAUCCAAAACUCGCAGACCGAGCGCCCACCCGAUGAGGCCCUUUUAUCCUUUUAUCGAUUUGGAUUGUUGAGAUAUCUGCGAUUGGAUGAACUCUUGUGAAUGCUUAUCAUGGUCAUUAUUGCUGAUUGUCAUGGCGAUAAAUUGCUUCAUCAUGCAGCCAUUGGUGUAUGACAUCAGAAAUGAUCAAAUGGAUGGCAAUUGCUGAGGUGGUUCCGAAAAAGGAGGGUGAAGGAACUGGGACUGCAACUGAGGCAAGUAUCGCUUCAACUAUAAGAAGUUAUGAUAAAGUUUUGAGAUCAGCGCCAAAAAGGACAUAUUCAAAGUUGAAAAGUUUUAACUUUAGCGUACCCGAGGGCUGGUCGAACGACGAUAUAGCUGUGUUUUUUGACAGCUGCAAAAAACACCUUGAAGAUUUGAAAAACAACACAGAAGACGAUCUCAAGUGGUCGAACAUUGCAAAGAGCGGUGCAGCUGCCUCGUUGAACCCGAGCUGCUUCACAGUCAACCAGUGCAUUGAGCUCGGCCAGAGUGUAGACGCAUACAUUAAAAAGUACAAAGAAAUCUUGAAGAACGACGAAGUGUUCAAGCAGCUUUGCUGUGACGUGAAAGAGAUUUUACCACAUUUUACAUCAUCAGUUUCUGAAACAAAAAGGAUGAGACGCUGCAGCAGGAGCAAGUCGGCUGAAGAGACGAAUAGUCAAGCAAAAGAGAGUGUUUUAGAAAUGUACAUCAUUUCGAUAGGUAAACAACAUCUGAACCUUUUCACAACAAAAGGCUCGCACACACCCCAUGUAUGGAAGCUGAUCUCUAAGAAAGUCAAAGAAAAGACCAACAUCAACGUUGAUGUUGAGAAACAUCUUGAAAUGACAAAGAUGAAAAUUAUAAACGAGGUCAAAUCAGAGGCUGACCCGAUUCGCAAGGAACAGCUUUUCCUUGAGCUCACAAAAAACUAUUUGGAAUUUUUUGAUUAUAUUCCGCCCAAAUCGAUCAAAAAGUCUGAAUUCGUUCAGACGAGAAUGGAUCUCGUAGAGGAUGAAACAUUCCAGGAAGAUGUUCAAGACGAGGUCCUCUCUGAUUCUGAUAAAAAUGGCGAGAGGAAAAAAAUUUUCAGAAGACAGAGGAAGACCAAACUAGACGUUCAGGAGCCUUCAGUUGGAGCGGAUGUUCCGGUUAAUCUCACUCCGCCGGAAAAGAGUUGCUUCUCGGCUAAAAACCACAAUGAGGGGAAGGUACAGCAUGCAGGAAUACAAUACAUGCCUACUCCAGAAAGAGAAUUGGAUGAGAACGCAAGGGAAGAAUCUAAUACAAAUCAAGUAAAUACAAUAUCAAUAGACGAAGCACAGACUUCACCUAUUAGAAAGUACAUGAGAAGCUCGACAGUUGACGAAUCCAUCCCUGUUGAAAGCCCUGGCAAUUUAAUGGAAAAAAAUGAGGAUGAUAACAACACUAGUUCUGAAAUUAAGAUUGACACUUUGCCAAAAAGAAAAAUCAUGAAUGAUAAUCAAAAAGAGGUGAUAUCAGUUCAUUCAAAUCCUUCCAAUUUUGAUGAACCUGAAGCAUCACCUGCAGAAAAUAAAGACCUCAUGAGUCAGGAAGACAUGGAAACACCGGUGAAAGGAAGGCGUAAAAAGGCCAUCCCAAUGAGAGUAAAAGAAAACCCUGAUGGCUUAGAAGAAGGUUCAGUUGAUUUGAAAAGCACCGAGGAGAGAGAUGAUCAAAUUGAUCCUGAAGAUGCCGAAAAGGAAAGUACUGAAAAACACAAAAACAGAGAUUCAGAAAGUAGUAGCAAUUUGCAUUUGAAAACUGCCGAAAAGGAGAUUAAAGAAACUUCUGAAUUUGAUGAGAAAGAAACAACUGAGAGUAGAAAAUCUCAAGAUGUCAAUGACGAAGGUGAAGAGGUGGUGAAAAAGAGAAAAAGGACUAAAGGGAAUUUUGUGAAAGGCUGGCCUGACAAUGACGUACUGCUUUUUGUAGAUAUUUGCAAAAAAAAUGUUGACAUUUUAAAAAACGGAGGGAACGACAGGUGGAACGCUAUCGCAGAUUGGUGUUCUAAACUAUCUCAGAACCCCGAUUGUUUUAAUAAGGAAAGCUGCGCUGCUUUGGCCUUUAGGAUCAAGGUGCAGCUGAAGAACCCGAAAAAGGUAGUCAAUUGUAGAAAAGAGAGUCAAAUGAAGCUGUACGACCUGGCCUUCGACCUGCUGCCCUACUUCCAAAACGAUGAUCCUAAAAAUGAUUUUGCCCUGAAGGAAAACGCCGAGAAUUUGAAAAAAGCAAGUGAGAUUACUAAGGAGAAAGGAGAUGAAGAAAGCGUAGUUCAAGAUUCCCCAGCCCCUAAAGUAAAAAGAAAGCGUACGCGACAGCUUGUUCUUUCGCCUUCGAGGAUCAUGCCAAAAAGAAAUGUCAAAGAUCAAGAAACAGCAAGUGCAAAAGAAACUACACAACUUUCAGAAGAAGAGAACGAUAAAAUUGUUCACAAUAUAAAAAAUUCCUUUGUCUUAUUGACAAAAUGCGACGAAAUGGAAAGGAUUAUGGAUAAGGAAAGCCCGCCUGUUAAUUUAGACAUACAUUUAUGCGAAACACUCUCUGAGCUCCCAGUUAAAGUAUCCAAAGAGGAGAGGCUGAAGAAAAAACGUGGAAGACCCAAGUUGGAUAACAGUCAAAAACUUGAGAGCCACAAGGGUGAGCGAGUAGAUAGUGGAGAAAAAAGUCCGGAGCCGAAGGUUCCUACGAAAGUCAGGCGUUUUAAUAAAUCUCAAGAACCAGAAAUGCUAGAAAGACCAACAAAACCCAUGCGCAAACAUAUGCAGAAAGAUAAAGACCACCAUAGCGCGAGAAAAGAACCCGAGGAGAUCAAAGAAAUUGAAAUGAACGAUUAUGGAAAAACAUUAAAGAAAAAUUCUUCAAAAAUUGUGGAAUUCCUUUUCAAAGAGUCUCCUUACAGAGAUGAACUUACGUCAUCAACACCAAGAUCAAAUUUACGUGAACCUUAUUUACCAAAAAGUAAUCUGGAGGUGCAUUUCCACAAGGAAGGGAAUUCGAGUGUGAACGUUUUGAGAGAGAAGGAGAUACGAUCGCCAGAAGUAAGGCCUGAAAGGACGUUUAAUAAGUAUAUAAACAGGGAAGCUUAUGAUAACACUCCACCUAGUUUGAAAAAAAAAAUUGAAGAUUUCGUCGACCACGAAGUCAGGAAAAACGAGGAAGAAAGAAACCGCCUCCUAGGUCCAUACAAGGUAAAAUAUUGUGACAGAUACGAGCCUAAAAGUACUCAUCAUUUCCAAGACAAAGACGACUAUAGGAGAAGUUUGCCGAGCACGUCACACAGUUUUAAUAUUGAUGAGCCAAAGAGGAUCCCAAACAGGAGCCACGAAAGGUUCUAUCCUCUCCCAUCCCAGAAUAAUUACAGGUCAGAUUUGAAGAUGAAAGAGUUGACCAGGUACAGGCGGGACUACGACAGGUUUGAAUUGGCUGACCGGUUCCAACGCCAUCCCGAACAGCACUGUCACAAUUACGAAGACUUUGAAAUCGCACUCGGGACUGCCCCGCCGAAAUGGUUUCAGCGGUUUGCCAAAGAGUAUAAAAGCCAUGAGGAAUGGAGGCUACAUCAGCUAAUCAAGAUGCAACAAGAGCAUAUAAUUGUCGAAAAACAGAAAAUUGAUAUACUUAACAAGAUCCUUGACAGACUGGAAAGAGUAGACGAACAAUAACUGAAUUGUUCAAUUUAAAAAACAAUAAAAAUCUCAUUGAUUAGUUAAAAACAAACAAAUAUUUUAAACUUGUAAAUAGAGAAUAUAUUCAUAAAAAAAAGAAGACAUAUGUAUAAUGAAACCACAAGUUAUUUCAGAUUUUUUGAUAAGAAAAAAUUUUUUUAUGCUACUCAAAUAAAAAUAAAUCUUGUACAUAUAUAAAUAUAAAUUUGAAGUUGUAAAAUAAAUAGUUCAACAUUUGAAGCAUGAGCCAGAAGAAAUACAUUUAAAAAACUUUGCCAUUUAUCAUUUUGUACAAAUAAAUAAUAUUAAUUUUAUUCGUUUUGAAGUAAUACCUUUAUAUUUUGACUGUGUAUUCUAAAAUCUUUAUUUUUUUAAAUUGAAAUUUAAAAAAAUAAAUAAAUAAAACAUUAUUUGCUAAUUAAAAAAAAAAAAAAAAAUCCAUGCUCAAGAAUCGGACCCAGGCGAAGAACAGAAGAUG